AUGUCUCAAAAUCAAAAAGGCCGUAGAAGAGAAGAAAAAGGCAGAAGAACUGGUAGAGGAGCUUUUCCAUCGAAACAAAUCUUAACAAGUGUCGUUGUUCCGUCACAAUCAACUACUCCACUUCAGUCAACUCCUUCUCCAUCUUCUCGUCCACCUUCUCAAUCUCAUCCACCUGUUGCAAAAGUUCCAUUGACGAUAGGAACUCAGCGUUCAUUAACAGUCAAUAUUCCGAAAGAUCCGUCUUCAACGCCAGUUGUACUUAUUAAGGAGGCGAAAUUUCCUCGCAGAGUAGUCAAGGAGAAAGCAGAGAAAGAGCCACCGAAAGCGACGAUUCGAAAGAAAAAGACAUCAGUAACUCGUUCCAUUUCACUCGAAACAAAAACAUCCAGUGAAAAUGAAGGUAGACUUGGAUCUAAGAAUGAGAGAAAGAAGAGAAGGAGCUCACCGGAUUCAACGGAUAACAUAUCUGAAGGAUCCAGAGAACCAUCAGAGAAUGAUGAAAAGACUCCCAGAAAGUUCAAUCCAGAAUUGGCAAGCAAGUUCUUCAAACACAUACAAGAAUCAAGAAGGGCGAAACGACGAUCGGCUGAUGCGAGUUUGGAGAAAAUGCCUGAAUCCAGCCAACUGAAUGUUUCUAUAAGAAGUAUGAGGAGUAAACUGAGAAAGACUCCGAAGCCUUCACUAGAAACAGAUAUGUUUAAACCAAACGGUGAUCCAUUUUGGGUCGUUUCUGAUCGUCCGCCUGAUGAAUGUGAGAAGAAUGAAAAUGGAGAACCAAUUACGAAUUCGGAAUUGGCACUUACGUUGGCACAGGAUGGUUUGGAAUUGGAGGAGAAGGAUUGGUUUGAACUGACGAAAAGUUACAUGAACUUUGAAUUACCAAAAGGGAUUCGGCUACCUGAUUAUCAUAAGUUCGAUUCGUUGGCUCCGCUUGAAAAAUUGAAAGAUAUGAAUCUGUAUCUGAGCGAAAAAACGAUUGCAUACAAUACUGUUCAAAAUUUGGUUGAGUUGAGUGAAGAUGCAAUCAAACGUUUUGCAAUGAGAAGAGAGGGAAAUAUUGGAAGAGUUCGAUCGGUGAUUGUACAAGAUACAGCUGAAAAAGCCACGAAUACCCCAACUGCGUCGAUUCCAGCAGCACCAGCGAGACCAUCGAGAGAAAAGUUUCAAUUGAGCACUUGUAUUAUAUCGAGUGUUAAUUUCAAUACCCAGGUUAUCAAUGUUCAAUAUGAACGUCAAAAUUCGAUUCUCUCAAUUCAAAAUUACCGAAAAAUGAUGAGUCGAAUGUAUUCAAUGGAACAAACAACUCAAAUGGAAUCAAGAGAAAAAAUAUGA